UGGCCCCAGCAGGUAUAUCAUGGAGCUGGGUCUGCCCACCAUCCUAUUUAUCCUCUUUCCUGGAGUCCUUCUGGGGAGUGAGGUCCUCACAAAGGACUCUUACAGCCUGUCUACCAAGACAGGUAGCAGUAACAUUGACCUGGAUUCGGUGUGUGGACGACCCAGGGCGUCAGGCCGCAUCGUGUCAGGACAGAAUGCCCAACUGGGCCAGUGGCCUUGGCAGGUCAGCGUGAGGGAGGAUGGGGUGCACGUGUGUGGGGGAUCCCUGAUUGCUGAGGACUGGGUGUUGACUGCUGCCCACUGCUUCAACCAGGACCAGUCCCUGUCAAUGUACACAGUACUUCUGGGUACCAUCUCUUCCUACCCUGAGGACAAUGAGCCGGGGGAGCUGAGAGCUGUGGCCCACUGCAUCAAGCACCCAAGCUACUCAGCAGAUGAGCACAGCAGUGGAGAUAUUGCUCUGGUGCAGCUGGCUUCACCCAUCACCUUCAGUGACUAUAUGCUUCCAGUCUGCCUCCCGAAACCUGGAGACCCGCUGGAUCCUGGCACCCUGUGUUGGGUCACUGGCUGGGGACACAUUGGCACAAAUCAACUGCUCCCACCACCCUUUACCCUGCAGGAGUUGCAGGUGCCUCUCAUUGAUGCCGAAACCUGCAAUACCUACUAUCAGGAGAAUUCCGUUUCCAGCACGAAGCCGGUCAUCCUUGAAGGCAUGCUGUGCGCUGGUUUCGAGGAAGGCAAGAAGGAUGCUUGUAAUGGUGAUUCUGGAGGUCCCCUAGUCUGUGACAUUAAUGAUGUCUGGAUCCAGGCAGGGGUGGUGAGUUGGGGAUCUGACUGUGCUCUGUACAAGAGGCCGGGUGUUUACACCAACGUCAGCGUCUACACCUCAUGGAUUCAGAACAUAAUGUGGAAUUUACCCACAGAAGGAAAAAAUUUCUCCCUGAGCCUUUCGAGGACCCCACUCUCCGGUCCGCUGCUGUUUCUCACCUUCCUCAGUUGCACCUUCUUCCUCCUGGGGCCCUAACAGCUCGCAACUUCAUCAUCUCAGCACCUGUAUCCGGAACUGUUACCCUUGAUCUGCUUCUAGGCUAGCACGGCUUCUCUCACGGACCCCCUUCCUGUGUCCUCCCCAGAGGACAAGCACCCCGUCCAUGCUCUGUCCUUCAGGGACCCUCUCCUCACCCCCACAGAAGUCUCCCACAUCAUUAAGACCCUUGGGACCAUCAACUAAACUCUGAUCUUCUGGCCCCUGUAGAACCCGAGCUGCCUCUCACACCCUUGGGGCCUGUGGGUUUCCAGGGGCAGAGGGGCAAGAGUCUUUCUUGCCUCUCACUCGUGGGUGGAGCACAGGUCACAGCCACCUUUCAGGCUAUCCUUUGGUGGCUUCUGUGACUGGGCAAGUCUUUCUCUAGUGAAUCUGAGUCUGAAACAAUAAAGACUAGAUC